AUGGGUAAAAUCACUAUCAGAUUUUUCUCCACGUAUGUACCUCCCAAAGCAGAUGAUGACUACGAAGACGAACAAUGGAACCAAGCAGAAGCAAUUCUUCAGAAAAGCAUGGCCCACAGCAAGAGAGUCUGCUGCAUGAAAUCCAUGAAUUAUUAUGGAAAAGCUUUCGACACCGUUGAAGUGAAUGGACUUUGGACUGCUCUUGAAGAACAAGGAGUUCACUGGCAGCUUGUCACUCUUCUUCGACAAGUCUAUACAAGCUCAAAUUCUAUUGUAAAAGUCGGUGAAGCAUCAGUUCCUAUAAACGUUGAGAGAGGAGUGAGACAAGGAGAAACAUGGACAGUGACGAAGAAGAUGGAGAAACAGCUUAGCGCUGCUGGAAGACGUAUAGAACGGAGAAUGGUUGGCAGCCGCUUAUUGGACAAGAAGACGAAUUCAUGGUUACGUGGCGUCACUAAAGUGAAAGACUUAGUGACUUGCGCGAAGAAAAGGAAAUGGAAUUAUGCUUGGAAACUCGCCAACAGAAAUGAGAUUAAAUGGUCAAGAGAACUAAUGGAAUGGCGACCACCAAAAGCGUCCACGACCGCGGAUGAGAUGGAGCAUGAAUUUCAGAAGAAACUUGGCACCACAGGUGCGAUAAGGUGA